AUGAGUUCAAAAGAGUUUGAUGUCGGAGGAUUUCGACCGUUUGAUGUGAACAGUGAUCCGAACAGUGUUGGGUCUGAAUGGGAACGAUGGCUUCGCAGUUUUCAGUUAUAUGCUGACGGUAAAGGACUUAUUAUUGAGGCUGUAAAAGAUGACAAUAAGGUACAGCGACGAGCAUUUCUAUUUCAUUGUGCUGGAUCGGAUGUCCAGGAUAUUUUCGAUGUUUUGCCUGAGACGGGGAACGCAAAAGAAUACGAGAAGGCCGAAGAAGCUUUAACCAGACAUUUUGUCACCCAAGUCAACGUUCCGUAUGAGCGACACAUGUUCAGAGAAAUGGCACAGAAUGAAAACGAAACGAUUGAUCAGUUUCCUAUACGCUUGCGACGUAAAACUCAGCAGUGUGAUUAUGGAGAUCAACUGGAGUCUCAGAUCAGGGAUCAAAUUAUUUCCAGGUGUCGGUCGAGUGAUCUGCGCAGGAAGUUUCUGGAGAAGGGUCAGACGCUUAACCUUCAACAAUUACAAGAAAUAGCAAGAACGUCUGAAGCUGUGAAAAGACAAGCAAAGAGUAUGAGUGUUCAUAAUGAUGGAGUGAACCGAGUUUCUGAAAGGCCUGGUCAACAAGACAGACGUGAAAGUAAAGGUGAGAAAGGUGGAAAAGUUAAGAAGAGUGGUGAAUGUUUUCGAUGCGGAAAACCAGGACAUUUUGCCAGAGAUCCCAGAUGCCCUGCGAAAGGAUAG